CGCUGAGAGGUUUUUCACCCCUGCUCCUUUGCACGCCUGUGCGUAAAAGCUGAUGGGAUACAGCCAGAGAGGAGCCAGAGAGGAGGAAGUUGGAAGGAGGGACCAGAGCAACAGUGGCGUGGUGCUGCGUGAGUGCAGGGAGAGGAGAAGAGCUCACAGCGUCCAGCCCUCUUAUAUCCGAAGAUCUCUUCACUUUACUGCAGUUCUGGCGCUUUGUUUCCCCCAAAACGCAGGAAUGCGCGUAAAGGGACGCACGCCUCCUGCGUUGCUGCUGCGUACCAGCGAGUCUAGUUUUUAAACACGCAGUGGUUUCAACAGGGUGAAAACACCUUUGCUGUCAAUGUCAGCACAGGUAGUAAAGAGGAUCCCGGAAGAACACGUCGUGCAGGUUAUUAGUUUGUUUGCAUAGCCUGCGCUUUUUUCCCCAAAGCGAUCGAGCGCAGAUGGACUUGUUUCCUUAUUACAAAAGUAGCUGUUACCUUUUCUAGUUUUUAAUUUUUGUAACUGAAAGUAAAUAAGCAAAGCGAAGAUGAAGGACCCGAGGAAGAAGAAGCUGUACGUGGUGGUGGACGUGCUGUGCGUUUUAGUUGCGGCACUUCCCUUCAUCAUUAUGACCAUUGUGUUCAAGCCAUAUGAAAGGGGCGUUUACUGUGAUGAUGAGAGCAUCAUGUACCCAUUAAAACCAGACACCAUCACCCACGGCAUGCUGGCGGCUGUUACCAUCUCCUGCACGGUCAUCAUUAUCUCCUCUGGAGAGGCGUACCUGGUUUACAGCAAGAGGAUAUACUCUAACUCAGACUUCAACCAGUACGUAGUCGCGCUCUACAAGGUCGUGGGCACCUUCUUGUUUGGGGCAGCCGUCAGCCAGUCGCUGACAGACCUCGCCAAGUUCACCAUCGGCCGUCCGAGGCCUAACUUCAUGGCUGUAUGUGACCCCAAGGUCUGCACGGGAUACAUGACUUCGAUCAACUGCACAGGCAAACCGCAGGACGUCACAGAGUCCAGAUUGUCCUUCUACUCUGGCCACUCCUCUUUUGGGAUGUACUGCAUGCUCUUCCUUGCACUUUACGUGCAGGCCAGACUGGUGGCUAAGUGGGCUAGACUCCUCCGGCCCACAAUUCAGUUCUUCCUGGUAGCCUUUGCGGUGUAUGUGGGUUACACCCGAGUCUCUGAUUACAAGCAUCACUGGAGCGACGUGCUGGUGGGGCUGCUGCAGGGAGCGCUGAUCGCUGUGCUCAACGUGCGCUUCGUGUCAGACUUCUUCAAGAAGCGUCCCCCACGUUGCACGAGGCAAGACACCCCCGACAGCGAGGAGCCAGAGAGGAAACCCAGCCUGCAGAUCGCAGACUCUGAGCACACUAACCAUUACAACUACCACCACAAUCCUGGCCCUGUGUGAUGAUGGGGGGCUGAUACCAGGGGGAAGAAAGGCUGCAGCCUUGAGACCCCAAACCUGUGUGAUGAGGGUCUAACCCAAGGGUCUUCAACCGUCAUUGACUCUUUGCUGGAUGUGAAAGUUCUAUGACUAUGAAAUGUUAAAUCUUGGCCACAUGUGUUCCGGUCUACAACCAGACCUUUGUAUCUCUGUUUGAAAGGAGUAAAGCUCGGGAUCUGGUCUGUAGCUUGCAGCCUUCAAGACCCCAACUCUCUCUCUCUCUCUCCCACUCUCUCUCUCUCUCCCUCUCCCUCUCCCUCUCCCUCUCUCUCUCUCUCUCUCUCCAUAUGUAUCAACCACUCACACCCCCACCUGCUCCUCAACCACUGGACUGACUGAGGGGGCUGCGUCCCAUCGCCAGGUCUCUGAGCCCCCUGUUAAAGGCGCCGCGAUGACUUCCUGCUCUCCUGUAAGAGAGAGAGGAGCAUAUUGUUUGUAAGACAUCAUUGUGGAUGUUCAAGUGUAUUUGCUUAAAGCUGCAUUGAGGGAAAAGAAAAACUCCAGACACACAGCUAUGAUAUAUAGUUGCCUUAUUAAGUGCUUGUGGCUACUUGUUAGUAGAAAGGCGACAAAGCAUAAGGAGAGAAACCUAGACAUGCCAAUUACAGCCCUUUUCUGGCCAUCGGAUGAAUGUAGGCUGAUUUUUAUUUUGUGCUUAUACAUAUAUCGGCCCAACAAAUGACUCGCCUUAGCCAUAUUGCAGUACAGCUGCCUAUAGUUUUUAUCUGUCAAGAGCAGUUUGAAUCUGGACGUGCUGUGAGAUACCGUGGGAUUGGCUGUAGCAACACAAUUUUUACACUAAUAUCAAAUAUAUUGCUUCAUGGAGCACUAAUGUGUUUUGUAUGUAUGUUUUUAAUUUUCAUUUAGAAGUUAAUUUAGUUUUUAGAGCACCUUACGCUGGUCACUCACCAGGAAGCUUGUUGACAACAGCUCAUAUCGGAUGAGCUCAUUUUCUCCGAAUGCCGAGGCUCACAGUCUGAGCUGCUGCAGGCCAUCCGAGCACUGCUUUAAAACAAGAAGUAUAUACAUUUAACCAACAUGACAAGCUUUAAGCAUCACAUAGAGAUAAAUCCAUAGAUCUGAAAUAAAAUGACAAUAUGCCCCUGCCAGCUGUUUUAACUGCCUGGUGUAAACCAUAAGCUCUGUCUCAAUUCAAGGGCUGCAGAAGACUGAUCGCAUCACAGCAGUACUUGAUUGUCCAAUUUCUUCAAAUAUGGCCGACAAAUGCGUCCUUCUAUCCCAACCUAUCCCAGGAUUCAUUGUGCUUCAGUGAAUAACCAUUUACGAGACAUCUAAUGCCUGAGUAUCGCGCCUCAACUCAACUAAAAAGCUAACAAGUUAAAAAAAAAAAAACAGGG